GUUCUCAGAAUCCCCCAGAAAGCAUGGACACUUGACAUGCUGGUUGGAGAAUUCUAGGAAUUAUUGCCUUAAAAAGUAUCUAGUCCAUGCUAUGGUCAAGGCCAUCACCAAGGAUGUAUCCAUGCAGAUGCAGAUGUACACAGGUAUCACAGGGUGACUGUGAUCCCACAAUUCACCAGACAGUUCUCAUGGCAACCAUUUAGUUCAAGCUCCUCCCCCAACUCCUAGCAAAGGUUGGUGACCUAAUCACAACUGCCUUGCACAGGGAUUUCACAUAACAUCUUCCUUGCUGUGUGAGGCACACCAACCAGGGUCUCUUGGGAAAAACAUCUCACCCGAGGCACACCAACCAGGGUCUCUUGGGAAAAACAUCUCACCCAAAGGCCCUUGAACUCUGAAGGAUUUGGGAACUUAACAGAAGAUAAAAGGAGAUAAGCUAAGCAAGUAUUUGGAAUGUAGGACAAGGUGAUGAAAUAGCAACUGAAGCCACAUUUGAGGAGUAAUGGGUACCAUAAACAAAACUCCAUUGGCUUUCCCUUUGGAAAAUACAGACUGCUCAGAUGACGCAAAUUCUGAAUCAUCAUCUUCAGACGUCUUCAUCCCAAAAGGACAAGAAAAUGAGGACUUUGAUGAACCUAAGCCAUCCUGUUCUGGCCUAAAUUUAAGGCCAAAAUCUAAGUCAAUGGCCAAAAGUCAAGAGCCCAACAAGCCUUCUUUCCCGUGGAAAUAUAUUUGGCCCAAACGCGGUGUCUCCAAACUUAUUUUCCAGGUGGUGUCCUCCACCGAGAAGCGUUCUGGGAUAUCCCUGCAGGCUUUGAAGAAGAGUGUUGCCGCCACCGGCUAUGAUCUUGAGAAGAGGAAAACUUACUUCAAAAGGGUCUUGAGGGCCUUGGUGGCUAAGGGCUUGUUGAAGAAGUUGACUGGCCAUGGACUUACAGGCUCCUAUGCCAUCAGUGCGAUGAUGAUGAAGGCAAUGAAAAGGAGGAAGAACAAGAGAUGGAGGAGGAAGAGGAAGAGGCAGAGAAAGUCAAUGGCAGCUUUUAUGAAGAAGAAAACUUCCAAGAGAAGGAAACAGAGAAAAUCAAAGAGUGGGAAGAGCAAACUAAGGCAAUCAGAUCCCUCUGAAUUGAGCAGUCCUAUGUUGAUGGAAGGAAGUUUCCACAGCUGAAGCUCUGUGAAAGGGAAAAUAAAUAAAUUGCCAUAAUUUCAGCUGA